AUGACGAAAGAAGAGACGAAAUCCUCGGAGUCUCCUCAGAUGUCCUCGUCGUUCUGGUCGUUACCAAACGACGUCGCUCUCAACAUCUUAGCCAGAAUCUCAAGAACCCAUCACCCAUCUCUAUCUCUCGUCUCCAAGCGUUUCGGAUCCAUCCUCUCUUCGCGUGAGCUCGACGCCACACGAACCCUAAUGGACAAAACAGAGAAACACAUCUAUCUCCAUUUAAAACUCCCUCUCGAUACCAAACCUUGCUGGUUCGCACUCACCCCCUCAGGCCCCGACCGGGAACUGAAACCACUCCCUCCGUUUCCUUACAGACACCAUCCGGUUUCCCCGACCGUGGUGUCGACUAGUUCCGAGGUUUACCUCGUCGGCGGAUUAGUGAAUCGUAAGAAAAACAGAAGAGUGUUUGUCCUCGACUGUCGUAGCCAUCAAUGGCGUAGACUCCCUCAGAUGAGAGUGGCUCGAGGAAGAUACCCCGCGGCUGGUUUGGUUGGCGGGAAACUUCACGUGUUGGGAGGUUGCGAGAGCUUGGGAGAGGUUUAUGAUCCGAAGACCGGAGCUUGGGAGACAUAUACGAUGAGUAUCCAAAACGGUGUCGUUGUUGAGAACUUAGGAUACUUUAUAACCAACACUUGGUUCAUAGCUGAAGAGAAGAUAUUGUGCAGAGCAGUUAAUCACGUAGGGAGUAGGGUUUUGACUUGGUGUGAUCUUGGGGAAGAGAUGGUGUGGAGAGAGGUUAAGGGACUUGAAGGAGUGUUGCGGAAGCCACUUGAUUUUGCGUCUGUGGCGAGUCCGGACGGAGGAAGAAGACUGACGGUUUGGUGGGUUUCUUCUCGUCGUGUUCUUGUUCGUGAGAAGAUUUGGUGUGCUGAGAUAUCGUUCCAGAGACGAAGCAGAGAAGAGGUUUAUGGGGUCGUGGAAUGGUCCAAGGCUUUACAUACUAUGAAACGCACGGAAACUGAUGGAGUUGUUUCACUUUUGUCUGCUGCCAUUGUGAUGCGUUGA